AAAAAAAAAAAGAUGAACGGCUCAGAUACACUCACACACCCAUCUCUCUAUAUAUCUCCAUCUCCAUUCCAUUUCUCUCUACUUCUUCCCUUCCAUUUCUCUCCAAUCUAUACAAUUCACAGCCAUCUGAUCUUCAAUGAGGAGAACAACUAGCAUGAAGGGGAUCACAGUUGAUGUGAUGAACAAUAGAGGAUUGUAUGAUCAUGAUCAUCAACACGUAUCAUCAAAAUACCACAAUAGAAGUUCAAGUGAUCAAAUUUUUCAUCAACAUAUAGAAGAAAGGAUUCAUUUCUUGUCAACUUGUGGCCUUUGUAACCGCCGAUUGCCACUUUAUCGUGAUAUCUACAUGUAUAGGGGUGAUACUGCAUUUUGUAGUAUGGAGUGUAGGGAAGAACAAAUUAAAAAAGAUGAAAGAAAGGAGAAAUCAAAGCUUAUUCUUCAGAAGAAGACUGAAAAUCAUCACAACUAUUCAGAAUUGCCCUCUGAAAAUUCUGGCAAGAGUAAAAGUAUUGCAGCAGCUUGAAGGAUAAUUUUGGACCCAAAAAAUAAAAAGGGAAGAGGAAAAAUAAUAAUGUGUAUUUAAGUAGAAAUUAGACUUUAACUUAUAUUACUAGUGUAAAUAAAUUUUACGCUAUUAGUGUAAUUUAACUUAUUAUGAAAUAUUUAUCGUGUUAUUUUUCAGUACA